AUGCGAGGUGCCUCUUCCGACGCCAAGGUGCUCAACAUCGACCCCUACGCCCUCGUCGAAGCUCUUCUCGGCCAGAAGCUCGAGAAGCCAGCUGCUUCCGUCCCGGAGAGCCUCAACAUGGGCUACGACGACCUCGACAUGGGACUCGAGACGGAGAGGUCCUCUGGUGGAGGACACCACCUGCGCCCUGACUCGCCCCCCAAGGAUAUCCGAGUCGGUGCCAUCAACCCCUAUGCCCUCGUUGAGGCUCUCAUUGGCCGAAAGAUCGACAGACAGUCGAUGAGCGCGGAGAAGAUUCUGAGCAAUGUCCUCCAGACCGACUAUGACGAGCUCUUCGACAUGAAGCACAACUCGGUCCUCUUCGCUGGCCUGAAGCUCCACGAGAAGGACAGGAAGGCCGUGAAGCUGUCUGAGAAGGAGAUGAGGAUCCUCAACGAGCGCGAUAUCGUGACUCCUGACCUUUCCGAGAUCCGACGAGUUCAGGACCUGGAGCACAUCGGCCUCAAGGACAUCGAGAAGGUCCCAGUCAAGUGCGCUCGCAUGCAGAACGGCAAGCUUCAUGUCGUGCUUCAGGCUCACUCUCUCGGCCGAACUCUGUCGAACUACGAGGUUUCCCAGUGCAUCAACGAGCUGGUCAGCCCAUUCCGCAUGGAGAAGGGCCAGUGGUCGCCUCCCAACGGCGCCUGGCGCGACAUGUACGACUACUUCUUCCAGCGGGUCAACGAGCGCCUCAUUGGCAACCUCAACCUGUUUGAGAUUGGUCAGAUGAAGAAGACACUGCACAACUUCGAUGAUCCCAUCCAGGGAUGUGUCGGUAACAGCUGGCUGAUUGCUGCUCUGUUCUCCGUCUUCUGGUCCGACCCCUCCUGCAUCAACCGCGCCACCCGCGUCCACAUGAACAAGGACGACAAGAAGCGCCUCAGAAUCAAGUUCCACGACAAGGGCGGUGACAACAACUCCAAGACUGAGACUGUCGAGGUGGACUACGAGAUCCCGAUCAACAACUCGAACAACGAGCCGAUGUACUGCAGCGCCAGCGACUGCGCUGACAUCUGGCCCUCGCUGUACGAGAAGGCCUUUGCCAAGUGGAUCACUGGCACCUCUUCGGAGCGCCCCGACAUCACCAAGACCUUCUGUGGUGACCCCAUCAAGGCCAUGGCCCAGAUCAACGGCAAGGAGCCUCACUACUUCGUGACCGAGAACCACUCCGCCAACGACAUGCUCGGCCUUGUCCGCGCCAACUGCAUGAACUUCAAGACCAUCAACCCGAUGUCGGCCUACACCUACGCCACUGGCAGCAACUACAGGGGCAGCAACAUCGUUGCCAACCACGCCUACUCCGUCCUUGGCUACACUGUUCUCGGCGAGAAGCAGUACAUUGUCCUCCGCAACCCAUGGGGUGUUACCGAGGCCAGUGGCUUGACCAGCUACCCAGGACUCCUCGAGCGUGUUGAUCCUCACUUGUGGCACCCCGCUGCCCUCCUCGACCACGGCGGUCUCUUUGCCGUUGAGGCCCAGGCCUUCAAGCACUGCUUCGCCGUUCUUGGUGUUGCCAAGGACAAGAACGACAAGAACUAA